AUGCAUAUUGAUGAGGAAGGGCUGAGCGCACACGGCUCUCUGCAGAGGGGAGGCAGACGGCUGGGAACAGCCCUAUCUCCAGGCAGGCAGCGGCUCGCUGAUUCCGUUACAUUCUCUACAGCUCCCAGGGAUGCUGAUCUGAGCCAGGGACCUUGCGUUUCCCCGGCUGCUCUUUGCUAACCCCCGGACCACACCUCAGAUAAUCUGACUUGAAGAUUUCACUUUAGCCAGUCCAAGAUGGAAGCCCCACUGGUGAGUCUGGAUGAGGAGUUUGAGGAUCUGAGACCCUGCUACGUUGAUGACAGAGAAGAAAAACCCCAUUGUUUUUAUGGCUCAUCCCCUCAGCAUCUGGAAGAUCCCUCCCUUUCUGAGCUUGAGAACUUCUCCUCUGAAAUUAUCAGCUUCAAGUCCAUGGAAGACUUGGUGAAUGAAUUUGAUGAGAAGCUGAAUGUCUGCUUUCGGAAUUACAAUGCCAAAACCGAGAACCUGGCUCCUGUAAAAAAUCACCUCCAGAUACAAGAGGAGGAAGAGCAUCUUCAGGAUGAAGAGGUUUGGGAUGCUUUAACGGAAAAUUACAUCUCAUCGAUCACUGAGGAUUGGAGGGACCCCGAUAUCGAGGUGUUGAAUGGCAAUAUUUCUGACUCAGAGAUCCACGAGAAGGAGGAGGAAGAGCUCAAUGAGAAGAGUGAAAAUGACUCUGGUAUUAAUGAGGAGCCUCUACUUACAGCAGAUCAGGUAAUUGAAGAAAUUGAGGAGAUGAUGCAGAAUUCCCCAGAUCCUGAAGAGGAAGAGGAGAUCUUGGAGGAAGAUGAUGGAGGAGAAACUUCCUCUCAGGCUGAUUCAGUCCUGUUGCAGGAGAUGCAGAUUUUGACACAGACCUUUAACAACAAUUGGUCCUAUGAAGGUUUGGAACAGAUGUCAGUGUCUGAGUUGGCCGAGCUGCUGGAUCACGUGGAGGGUGCCAUCCGUGACUACUCAGAAGAGCUGGUGCAGCAGCUGGCUCGUCGAGAUGAGCUGGAGUUCGAGAAAGAGGUGAAGAACUCCUUCAUCACCGUGCUGAUUGAGGUCCAGAACAAGCAAAAAGAGCACAGAGAGCUCAUGAAAAGGAGGAGGAAAGAGAAAGGACUGAGUCUGCAGAGCAGCCGAAUAGAAAGGGGCACCCAAAUGCCUCUCAAGCGAUUCAGUAUGGAAGGAAUCUCUAAUAUCUUGCAGACUGGUAUUCGGCAGACAUUUGGGAACUCAGCAACUGAUAAACAGUAUUUGAACACGGUUAUUCCGUAUGAGAAGAAAGGGUCGCCUCCCUCUGUGGAAGAUCUGCAGAUGCUGACAAACAUUCUUUUUGCAAUGAAGGAGGAUAACGAGAAGGUCCCUACAUUGCUAACGGACUACAUUUUAAAAGUGCUCUGCCCUACCUAAUCUGCCUUUGGAGCCGCAGUGCAACACGAGACAACAAGGCCAGAGUCAUUCCAUCACAGGGACUGCAUGAUAGAGUAAACUCCAAAACAUGUAUUUAAAAAUGUAUAGCAUUAACCUGGAUUAAACAUAAGCAAAAAAUAUUCCUUUGCUGUUGGCUUCUAGUCCUAGUAAUCAUUGAAUGCAAAAGUGAAGGCAGGUGCUGCUAUUUUCUCUCUUUGCCACCUGACAUAAUGAAGAGACAGUCCUUCACCACACACUAAGUAUUUUUGUUCCAGCUUCCCAAAACAUAUCACACUAUGGGACUAAUUUUGAAAUACUGAAAUAAACUUUCAUUUAAUUAAAAGUUGUCACACUUCUUGGAGAAGCAGCUGCCUAACACCAGCUUUGAAUUCAGAUUCUCGUGGCUGGGCUCCUUACCCCCCUCAAACAGACAAAUGUAACUUUGGAAAAGAAAAUAGUUUAUGCUCUUUACCUUAAAAGAGUUCUUUGGAGCCAGAGAUUUGUUUUACAAAAUGUUAAGCAGAAGACAGACUAGAUGGACCUCCUGAGGUCUCAUCCAACCCUAAUCUUCUAUGAUCCUAUAGUAGAAUUCUCAGUGGAAGUGGAAACUGUCCAUAGAGUCACAAAUAGCUGAGCUAACAUGCCAGUCCGAGCCUUUGCAUGAAUCAGGAAUAUUCACUUCUACAUCCCCAUGUGUCUAUGCUCUAAACUCCUAAGCCAAACCCAUCACUGGUAACAUCAUUCUAACUUCUUACUGAUUCUGAAGUGACGGUGUCUUGAUUAACUCAUCUGGAUCAGAGUCCAUUGUAUCCGCUACACAGAGUAAUUGUGUAGCAGGUGUAGUCAAUUUUCAAAGGUCCCUCAUAAUUGUACCUAAUACUUGGCUAAUAGUUGGCACUCUGAUAGGGUGUCCACCUCACACAAGACAGAGCAGGUUAAAUGUUGUCAAUUAACUUGUUUUUGGGGAAGAGCCAGGGAUUGAGAGGCUAAUUGAAGAUGGAGCCCAGCUGAGAGGGAAUAGGUGGGGAUGUUAUAAAGCCAGAAAGUUGGCAGUAAAGGGGCUUUAAGGAAAGUAGUCUGUAGUUUCUCCCUGGGAGAAGAGAGCUGUGUUUGGGGCUACAGAGUUAGGUAGUCUGCAAUUACCUGCUGGGAGGAAGGAAUUUGGACUGAUAAAACUGAAAAGAGGGGGAGGCUAGAAGAUAGGACUAGAGAAAUAGGAAGGAGUCCAGGGGCAACAGCAACAGGGUCUAAAUGCAAGUAGACCAUAGUUACUGGAAAUAGGGUCCCAGGACUGGAUCCCGGAAUAGUGGGUAAGCCUGGGUUCCCCUAUCAGCCAGCCAAAGACUGCCUGGGACAGUCGUCCAAUGAGACUUUGAUAUCACAGAAGGGGAGAACAACUGUGAUCUUGCAGCAGGACUCAUGAAGGAGUACGCUGAGUCCCAGACAGAGAGAGAAAGGGGGGCCCCCUUGUGCAAAGAAAGGGCAUCAGACCUGGAAGGAGCUAAUCCCCUAAACUGCCAAGAGGCUGAGUGAGUUGUGUUGCAGGCACAUAGACAAAAUCCCAUCUUUGCACAUGGAAGUGAACAUUUAAAUGCCCAGUUACUUACGGAGUACACACACAGAUGGGAAUUUACACAGAAACCAGAUUCAAAUUUCACAGCACAGUUUAGCAAGCCUCUUUAAAAACUAGGGGCUAGAUACACAAAGGGGCUUGGGCAUUGCAAUGCCUCACUUUUGGGAACCUUGUCACCAGUGGACCCCACAGCUCAGAGUUAGGUAACCUGGGUUCCAGGUACAACGCACGGGGAAAGACAAGCGCCCAGGAUGGAAUCCACAAAACCCAGCCCUCUGAGGAGGGAGCUGCCUAAACUAGCUAAUAGGCAAUUCUAAGCCCUGCCCCUUCUGAGAGAGAACUCCAGGAGGGAGAUGCCUAUCUCAGCUGAUGGUUCCUCUCUUGGAGUCAGGUGUCUAAAUAAGGCAGUGAGGAAUCAAUUUGGAGUUGGAAAAAACCACCUCAGGGGCCUAUGUCAUGCAAGUUUGCAGGGCCAUUAAUCUCCUCCUGCUACUCAGGAAUGUGACUCUCAACAAUGUGCGGAACACAGUGAAUAGAUUUGCAGCAAUCGGGUUCCCGACCUGCAGGUGGAUGAUAGACAGUACACAAAUCCCUAUUUUGGCACCAGACCACCUUUCCACAGAGUACAUCAACAGAAAAAGGCUGCUUUUCCAUGGUUGUGUAAGGGCUUGUGGCUCACCCGGGACGCUUCACCAACAUCAGUGUGGGCUGGUCAGGGAAGGUGCAUGACUGUUCAGAAAGUCCAAGCAGGGAGAUUUUCCCCUCCCCCCAACUGGUGGAUUACCAUUAGUGAUGUUGAAAUGCCAGAAAUGAUCCUGCCUUAUGCAGACUUUCUCUUGGCUCAUGAAGCUGUAAACCAGCCACCUCGACAGCAUAAAGGAAGGAUUCAGCAGUUACUGGCACAGCAUGACAGUUGAAUGUGCCUUUGGCUGUUUGAAGGGAUGCUGGCGUUCACUCACAAGAUUGGACCUCUGUGAGAAAAAGAGCCCAAUGCUUAUAGAUACCCACUGAGUCCUGCAUAAUAGCUGUGAAGCAAAGGGGGAGAAGUUACUGGCAGGGUGGAGGGGGAUCGGCUGUCAGCUGAAUUGGAACAGCCAGAUACAAGGGUUAUUAGAAGAGCUCAACGCAGAGCUAUGUGGCUCAGAGGGGAUUUGAAAGACCAUUUUAAUAGUGAACCAGAGUAGUGUGUGCGGUUGUAUUGUGCUCUACCUGGCCUGCUCUUCUGUGGCCCGAUAUGACUCCUGUGGUGAUUGCUGUACAUGUAGAGAUAUAACAUUAUCAAUGCAUCUGUUAUUAGUGCUUGUGACUAAUCUUAUGAGUUGUGUGGCACUGUGCAGUAACAGGUCGCUUU